AUGCAUAUCAUCAAGCCGGUCUGGCUCACUCACGGAGGUGAACGAAAAGAUUUCGAAGUUUACAGUUGCGAUGUGUCCCCGGAUGGCAAGAGACUGGUAACAGCGGCGGGAGAUGGAUACGUUCGAAUCUGGUCCACGGAGGCCAUUUACGGGACCGGAAAUGCCGAACUCGAAGGCAAGCCGAAACAACUGGCGUCGAUGAGCAACCACUCCGGCACGAUUCACACCGUGCGUUUCUCGCCGAACGGAAAAUACCUUGCAUCAGGCGCUGAUGACAAGAUCGUCUGUGUCUACAUGCUCGAUGCCAAUCCUCCCACACACUCGUCAACAUUUGGCUCGGACGAAGCACCCCCCGUCGAGAACUGGCGCACGAUUCGUCGAUUGAUUGGCCAUGAUAAUGAUGUGCAGGAUCUUGGAUGGUCAUUCGAUUCUUCGAUCUUGGUCUCCGUUGGACUGGACUCCAAGAUCGUCGUUUGGUCUGGACACUCGUUUGAGAAGCUGAAGAGCAUUUCGAUCCAUCAGAGUCAUGUGAAGGGCAUUACCUUCGAUCCGGCAAACAAGUUCUUUGCAACCGCCAGCGAUGACAGGACUGUGCGGAUCUUCCAAUUCACUUCCCCGGCCCCUAAUUCUUCAGCGCACGACCAGAUGAACAACUUUAUUCUCGAGCAAACUAUCACAGCACCAUUCGCCAACUCCCCGCUGACGGCUUAUUUCCGCCGCUGCUCUUGGUCACCCGAUGGAAUGCAUAUUGCUGCGGCAAAUGCUGUGAAUGGACCUGUUAGCUCGGUGGCUAUCAUCAACCGUGGGUCCUGGGACGGCGAUAUCAACCUGAUCGGACACGAGGCUCCUGUGGAAGUGUGCUCGUUCUCCCCGCGACUGUACUCGACUGAACCCCCCAACAAGAAGCAACCGGAUGGCCAGGCAGUGCCGCAAAACCACAUCACUGUCAUUGCUUGUGCCGGUGGUGACAAGUCUCUCAGUAUCUGGAUCACAAGCAAUGCGCGCCCCAUCGUGGUUGCUCAGGAGAUGGCGGCCAAAGCGAUUUCUGAUCUGGCUUGGACCCCGGAUGGAAAGUGUCUGUUUGCCACAGCUCUAGACGGCACCAUUGUGGCCGUUCGAUUUGAAGACGGCGAACUCGGAUGGGCUGUGGAAAUGGAAGAGAAUGAGAAGUCACUCAACAAGUUUGGAACCAACCGAAGGGGCGCCGGCAUCACCGAGAACACCGAUAGCUUACUGCUGGAGGAGAAGAGCAAGGCAGGUGAAAUCAAACACGUCGAAGGACGAAUGGGUGCUUUGAUGGGCGAUGGUGCUGAGUCGACUGCAAAUGGAGACAAAUCCUCCCGGCCUUCAAAUGGAACUACGCCUGCACGCGCCUCGUCACCACCACCCGAGGCCCCCAAAGCCCAACCUAAUGGAACAGCCCCAACCCCUACCAGCACGGAGGCCGAGAAACCAGACCCCUACCAAGCCAAGCUCGAAAGACUCAAACAACGACCGACGUAUACUAAGGAAGGAAAAAAGCGAAUUGCCCCGUUAUUGGUCUCCGGAGCUGGUGCUGGGGAAUCGUCCCUUCCCCAGGCUCGUUUGAUGGCCUCCGUCAGCAAUCAAGUCAAGGCAGAUGCCCCGAGUACAAUUGUCGACCUCUCAAAACCUUUUGAUGGGUUACCCAAGGGCGGUCUUACGGCCCUGCUACUUGGAAACAAGCGAAAGCUGGCUCAAAUCGACGGCGACGAAGACAACAGCGUGGAAAAGCGCGUAGCGCUCGCUAGUCAAAAUAACGCAACCCCCAUCAUGACCAACACCCUUGAGGGGCUUCUUCCUGCCCAAGUACAGUCUGCCACAACCGGCCAACAACCAACUCCGGAGUUUAUUCGACCUGCAGUCACCAACCCCUGUAUGUCAGUCAGCCAGCUUCGAUUGGCCGUUCCCAAAAUUCGCAACCACAUCCUCCGAGCCCUAGAUUCCAGCGGAAAACCGACCGAGCCACCCGCCCCCGGUGCAGACCCAAGCACCACCAAGGGCCGCGUCGACGUGGUCUUUGAAGCUCGAAACCCAUCACCCGCAAGCUUGACCGGCCGCGCCGUGGAUCGUGAACCUGUCCGCCUUACGCUGUUCCGCGGGGAUCAACCGCUGUGGCAAGAUUUCUUGCCACGCACCGUUCUUCUUGUGACUGGUAACCAGAUUAUGUGGGCUGCUGGCUGUGAAGAUGGUUCAAUCUAUCUUUGGACACCUGCGGGACGUCGUCUAGUCUGUGGACUUGUGCUCGAGGCACAGCCCGUCAUUCUGGAGUGCAACGGCCCUUGGAUCUUGUGCAUCUCCUCAGUCGGUAUGUGCUACGUCUGGAACGUGAAACAUCUAUCCUCCCCUCACCCACCCGUCUCUCUUCAACCCGUUCUGGACGCUGCUGUCCACACCCUCGGCGCAAAUCCUACUGCCGUUCCCGCAGUGACAGACGCGCGCAUCAACUCGGAGGGCCGAGUAGUCGUCUCUCUAUCCAACGGAGAAGGCUACUCCUACUCCCCAUCCAUGUUCACGUGGCAGCGGAUCUCAGAGGCGUGGUGGGCAGUUGGUAGCCAAUACUGGAAUACAACAGAUGCACCUGUCAGCAACCUGCAGGCCAAGGACGCCCAGCAGGAUAACAAGGAUGCCAAGGCAGCCGUUGCCGCCGGAAUCAUUCCUUGGUUGGAGCGCAACACUACGAACGAGACCCUUCUUCGUGGCAGGGCAUACUUCCUCCAGCGUCUUAUCAAGGUGCUACUGUCUCGCGAAGGAUACGAGACCUUUGAAUCUAGUGUUUCGAUUGCCCAUCUGGAGAACCGCCUUGCUGCCUCUCUCUCAUUAGGCGCCAAGGAAGAAUUCCGCCUGUACUUGUCUAUGUACGCCAAACGGAUUGGUGCUGAAGGACUGAAGCUGAAGGUUGAAGAGCUUCUCAAGGGACUGAUGGGUGGUCUGUUCGAUGACGAAGAUGAUGCCAGCGAAGGUAUCAAGCAAUUGCAAGCCAAUGAACGCGAAGGCCGUAACUGGCGCGAAGGAUCCGACGAUCUAUGUGGCUGGCCGCGAGAACUCCUGUUGAAGGAAGUGAUUCUUGCUCUUGGUAAACAUCGUGAUCUGCAACGUGUCACAGUGCCUUAUGCCAAGCUUCUCGAUAUGGUUGACACAGCGUCCGAACAGGGUGAUGCGAUGGACCUUUAA